GAGUGAUGUGACCUCCCACAAAUCACAAGGACUUUUCAUAAGAGGACAUUACAUUGAAAAAAAUAAUUCUUUAGCUUUGUGAUAGGGGUAUUAUCUUAAGUUUACAUGUGUAAAAACUGAAAUGGAGGCCUUUGGAAGACUGUUUGGCAGUAUGUUUAGUAAAAGGCCUGUCGUGAUAGGAAUGAUACAUCUUUCACCUUUACCUGGAACACCUGGGUAUGAUGGUCAAAAAUUAAAGGAGAUAGCUUUUCAAGCUUGCCAAGAAGGAAGAAUUUACAAUAAAUAUGGAUUGGACGGUCUUAUUAUAGAGAAUAUGCAUGAUGUACCAUACAUGAAAGGAAAGGUUGGUCCAGAAAUAGUUGCAGCAAUGACUCGUGUAGCAAGUGAAAUUCGAGAUUCUUUUGACUUGCCAUUAGGAAUACAAAUAUUGUCAGGUGCCCAUAAAGAGUCUUUAGCUGUAGCUCAUUCAACUGGGGCCCAGUUUAUUAGAGUAGAGGGUUAUGUUUUUGCACAUGUGGCCGAUGAAGGAUUAAUGGAGUCAUGUGCUGGUGAAUUGUUGCGCUAUAGAAGAAAUAUUGGUGCUGAAGACAUUAUGGUGUGGACAGAUAUUAAGAAAAAACACAGUUCUCACUCAAUCACCUCUGAUGUUUCACUUGGCGAAACAGCAAAAGCUGCACAAUUCUUUAAAAGUGAUGGACUAAUCAUUACAGGCUCUAGCACAGGUCAACCACCCUCACCAAUUUCAGUACAAGAAGUACGAGAAGUAAUCAGUGAUUUGCCAAUCAUUGUGGGAUCAGGUGUCACCCUAAAGAAUAUAAAGGAGCUGAGUGUCACCUCUUCUGGUGUUAUUGUUGGGUCACACUUUAAAGUAGGAGGACAUUGGUAUAACCCUAUUAACGAAGAAGCAAUAGAAAAUUUCAUGGAAGCUGUACAUGAUGUGUCUACACUAAGGAGAUAGUGCAACUCAGAGUUUAUCUUUUGUUUUGACUUAAUAUAGACAUGUUUGUUCACAACUGUAUUUUGAAAUAACUUCAUGCCUUUGUUUAUAAUCACUGCGACUGA